UCCUACCACGUGACCGCUGUUUCCAGUUGUUAUUAUCGCGAACGCGGAAGUCGGUACGAGCGAAGCUUUUAGAAGCACUGGAGACGAAAAGCAGAGUGAGAGGAGAAGAUCCAGGCGUCUGAAAACAAAACAAGUUCAUCUCAUCAUCUUGGGGAAUCCACAGGAUCCAGCGAGUCAUCAUGCCGAACAUGGAGCAGCAUCUUUUCAACCUGAAGUUUGCAGCCAAGGAGCUGCAGCGAAGCUCCAAAAAAUGUGACAAAGAAGAGAAAGCAGAGAAGGCCAAAGUGAAAAAGGCGAUUCAGAAAGGCAACAUGGACGUCGCGAGGAUCCACGCCGAGAACGCUAUCCGACAGAAGAACCAAUCUGUGAACUUCCUGAGAAUGAGCGCCAGGGUGGACGCCGUGGCAGCGAGAGUCCAGACCGCCGUCACCAUGAACAAGGUCACGAAGUCCAUGGCAGGAGUGGUGAAGGGGAUGGAUGCAACCCUGAAGAGCAUGAACCUGGAGAAGAUCUCUAGUCUGAUGGACAAGUUCGAGCACCAGUUUGAAACUUUGGAUGUUCAGACGCAGCAUAUGGAAGACACCAUGAGCAGCACCACAACACUUACAACUCCACAGAACCAGGUGGACAGUCUGAUGCAGCAGAUGGCAGACGAAGCUGGGUUGGAUCUCAACGUGGAGCUUCCACAGGGACAGACAGGAACAUUGGCCAGCAGCGUGGCAUCUACAGAACAGGAUGAACUCUCUCAGAGGCUGGCUAAACUCAGAGAUCAGAUCUGAUUGCAUUGACAAGUGCGAGAGUGUGUGUGUGUGUGUGUGUGUGUGUGUGUGUGAGAGAGAGAGAGAGAGAAUCAUCAUUUGUUGCUCUUUGGUGUCUCUGAAGAAAGAACGAUAGAAAGCAGAAUAAUGUCCAGAAGAUCUGCGGUAUGGAUUUCCUCCUCAGAUGUAUGUCACUUGUAGAGCCGGGUGGAGGAGUGUGUGAUGUUGUGUAUCAGAAUCAUUAUGCGGCUUCAGCGUGCUGUCAGCUCUCGCCACAAACCCAAAAGAGGAACCAGUGAAGAACGUCCCAGAGUCACGUGAUGCUAACUGCUCGUGAGAUCUAUACAUUUGUAAGCAUGACAGCACGGAAUGAGUUCGAUUCCUUCUCCUGACCGCUCUUUCUUUUUGGAUUCGGAAGCCACCGAAAAGCCACCUAGUGCAAACACUAUGAGGAAUAAAAUUGUAAAUACACUUA